UUUAGCCACAAAAGAAACGACCUCCACUAGUCGUCCGGAGAUGGCUCAUGAUACAGCGGAAACAGACUGCAAAACGGUUAGAUUUUGCCAGGAUACGCCUACCCUGAUUGGUACCGAUUUUUCGCCCAUUCCAAUGCAGGAAGCAACAACAACUGAUCUUCAUAAUCGAUUUUACAAGUGGGAUCAAUACCUGCAAAUUGCACCCACACCAUCUUACGAUUCCUUGUUGCGGUUUCUCUGUCGCCGCGCGGUUGGUUCGUCAGCCUGGAUAUUCGCUAGCAAGCUUGUGUACAUGGUUCUUUCUUUCUUAUUCUACAUACUAGGCGUCAGCGGGGCUCACGACAGAAUGGUUGCCGAUACCAAGCAAGGCCGCUGCCUGUGGUACUGCCCUGCGUCAUGUGAUGACAGAUUUGGGCUUCGUCCCGAGGAACCAUACCUACAAUCUGCUGAGCUGCCAUCGCAGGCGCAGGUCUCGUACUCGAUUAUACUACGAGGCACAAGGUGCAUUCCCGGCUCAUCGAUAUCAAAUGGUUUGGCUAUGGAUGCAUCACCAAUCAACAGCGACGAGGAAUGUGGCCAUGCUGAUACAAGCAUGCCAUUUCAACGAAGCAUGGAAUUCGAUCCCAUAGUACACCGCGCAACCACACUCAUUCUUGCAAUUUUAGAGACUCGGGAGUUUUAUUCCUCCGCUGACAUAGGCCCUGACUUUUACCGGCGCUCGAAACCAAUGUCAAUGCAAUGGUAUAGCUUUCUUUUCGCUACAUCUCUGCAAGUCCAUCGUGAUCAUGUGGAGAGACACGUGACGCCUCGGGCACGUGCUAGACACGUGAUAGUGAUGUUACGUGGUAGGCUUUAUCAAGUUCAGCUCGUGAGACGGGAUGCUAUGGGGGCGGAGAUCAUGCCGACUUACGAGGAAGUCAAGCGUCAGCUCGAGAAAAUCUUCCAUUCAAGGCACACCUCAUCGGCGCUUUAUGUUGGAGCUUUAACUGCUUUGAAGUCUGCUGAUCGCUUUAGGGAGGAACAAGGGCUUAAAUGUAUAAGCGACAACAAUAUUUAUAACUUAUGCGUAAUUAGGGACUCGUUGUUUGUAGUCUCACUGGACCCAGACGAUUCUCCUCGACUGGCAAAUGAAACUCUUUACUGUGUACAAUCAAAGAACAGUUUCAACAGAUGGUACGACAAGAGCGUCAGCCUGGUUGUGUUUCAGAACGGCGUGGCCGGUUUCCUCAUGAAUUACUUUGCUGGGGUAACGGGCACAGUGGCGUCUGCUUUUGUGGAGAAAGUCCUAGAGAAAGAGGAGCAAAUUCUACGAUCCGUGCUGGAGGAGAAUAUCGAGACACAUGACCAGAUCCAGCUGCGUGAGCUGAAGUCACCACGCAUGCUCUUAUGGGACGACACCGCAGAUGGACACUACAGACGACGCAUCGACAAAUACUUACGCACCAGGGAGGGCACGGGGCCCUUUGCGCCCUUGGUACCUAGUACGUUUAAUCUGCGAAGCGGGAUAUCUCGCCGAAGUUUAAUUAAGCUGCGAGUCAGUCCGGCAGGAACCUUUAACACAGCUCUACAAUUGGCGUUACUGCGUAUGAGCGGCAGGUCCAUGGAAGUUUUCGAGAUUGUUAACCUCAGGCAUUAUCGCUAUGGGGGUACAGCCUGGAUGGAAACUAACAACGCUACCAUGAGAGAAUUUAUCACUUCUGCUUCGCGCAGUAUGGAUGAUAAAGAGACAAUGCCAGGUGGAAAUGAAAAAAGGAAUUUAAAGCCGCUGCUUAAGGCAGCAAUUCAGGGUUAUCGAGACGAUCUCAUGGCAAACAAAUGUGGGGACGUUUAUUUGUGGCAUUUAGACGCUCUCUACAGGGUCCUUGGUCUAAAAACACGUCUGCCCCGAAAGGCUAGCCCAGAGAAAAGCUUGCGACAAAUCGUACAACAGUGGAUGGUGGAUUACUUUAGGGGCCCGUCAGUUGACAUCCUCCCCCCUGCAACUGCGCAAAACUUUGUGUCGAAUCCUGGAUGGAAUCCUGCUAUCGAGGCAAUAGGGCGUGUGGGUGUCAAGUGUCUUUUAGGAAAAGAUGCAAUGGCUCUUCAUUACUUAAUGGGCGAUAACAACAUCAGUAUCACCAUAAGCACUGGGGCUGAACAUCCCAGCCACGGGCGGCACCAGGAGUUUUUCAACGAGCUCAACAAGGCACUCGACCUAGUCUACAAUAUUAUCCACGAAUAACAGAGGACCAUUGAGGACCUAGACUUUUGAUAAUUUUUUUUUUAAUCUCAGAUGUAGCGCUGAUCCCAAUAAAUUUUGGAUUAGAAUGUUUCACAACUCUGACAUUUUUAAACUUGCACACUAAAACCUAUCAAGAAUUUAAAUUAGAGUUGAUACUUGCCGUAUCAUAGGAUAAUUUUCUUUUUAGAUUAGGAAAAAAAUAAAAAGGAGCAUUGAAGGGCACCUAACGAUCAUUUUCUGCCAUAUGUAUUUGUUUGGAAGUUGAAUGGUACAACAUAUACUCCCUUGCUUGUAUGAUGAGUAUUUACACCGGGCCUUGUUUGAAGAGCUAUUCGAACCCAAGUCAUUCGCGCGCUAUAUACUACGCUAAUUAAAUUACGUCACAGAGAAAUCACUCGUCAAAGAAACAAAUACCUUUGCUAUUCCGAUGUUUAUGCCAAAGUUCAGCUGUUUCAUAGCAUUUUUGCUCCUGUGGAACUUCUCGCACUCCAUUGUUGGUUCGAUAUCUGCUAUCACCCACAAAAUGAUGGACUAGCUGAAUCAAGUUCCCGAUAAAACUCUUUAGAAAAGAGAUAAGACUAAAAGCAAGUACUGGAGAAAAAACGAUGAGGCAAAACAUAAAAGAGGGUGCAGACAAUAUGGGUAGAUGAGAUGGCGAGGAAAAAGUUAGAAAAAGAUGGUAUGGAGGAAAAAGAGGGUACCCAUGAUGCAAUACAGACUAUUGGUUCUCAUCUUUACGUCUUUUUCUAUAUUCGGGAUACGAAACCUGCUCAUUACGAAAUUAUAUCAUGACUGGAUUCAUAUAAACCCACUGAACCCUCAACCUGCUUGUACCGCCGUGUACCCACAACCGAAAAAACUCACUAAUGCAAAAUAAUCACAACCGAGAUCAUGAUACUCAGGGAUGAAUGGUCUUGAAGAUAUGCAUCCAACCAAGGUGAUAGCAACAACUCUUCAGCCAAAUAAUAGCUAAGGUUCUGAGACAAAUUUCAAAUCGAAGAAAAAACAGCAGAAUUGACACCCUCAACAAAACCCUCAAAAUACAACAAGGAAAAAAGAGGCAAAUCCAAACAAGAAAAAAAACAUGAAUCCACCUUCGCUUGUUGUAAAUAUCCGUAAGCACAGCUUUCAAUUAAGCGCCAAUAAACUGAAUGUUGUCCUAGGGCACUCUCCCAA